AUGCAGGACGACUUCGAAUCGCGCCUUACCAUGAAAAUUUGCGCACUACUCAACGAGCAAUUUAAUGAAUUCAAGACUUCGGUAUUUGAAAAAAUUGGCAAUUUAACCUAUAAGAUUGACAAGAUAGAAGAAAGAAUCCUAAAAAUGGACAAAGAUAAUAGUGAAUCAACGCAGGGAUAUGUAUCGGCUGUACAGUACCCAUUGAACCUAGAUAAUGGGAAGACUAAGCCGAAAGUAAAAUCUGGCCCUCAGGAGAAAAAUAAGGUAGCUUUGGGCAAACCUAAUCCACUCGCAAAAGUAAACACACUCAUCUCUUCUUUAGCGCCAGUUUCAACUUUAGUCUCUGAUUCCAACACUUCGAUUCUGAGUGUAAGCCGUGAGACAACUGUUGCUCCCCGGGAUGGAUGCAGGUGGAUGGAUGGAAAAAGACCCGGAAGAAUGGAUACAGGUGAGACGUAA